CCCCCUCACCCCCUUCUUUUUCUGUCCUUGGAAAAUGGUGUCCAAGCUCACGUCGCUCCAGCAAGAACUCCUGAGCGCCCUGCUGAGCUCCGGGGUCACCAAGGAGGUGCUGGUCCAGGCCUUGGAGGAGUUGCUGCCAUCCCCGAGUUUCGGGGUGAAGCUGGAGACGCUGCCCCUGUCCCCUGGGAGCGGGGCCGAGCCGGACACCAAGCCGGUCUUCCAUACUCUCACGAACGGCCACGCCAAGGGCCGUCUGUCCGGGGACGAGGGCUCCGAGGACGGGGACGACUAUGACACCCCUCCCAUCCUCAAGGAGCUGCAAGCCCUCAACACCGAGGAGGCGGCGGAGCAGCGGGCGGAGGUGGACCGGAUGCUCAGCGAGGACCCUUGGAGGGCUGCCAAAAUGAUCAAGGGCUACAUGCAGCAACAUAACAUCCCCCAGAGGGAGGUGGUCGAUGUCACCGGCCUGAACCAGUCACACCUCUCCCAGCAUCUCAACAAGGGCACCCCUAUGAAGACCCAGAAGCGCGCCGCCCUGUACACCUGGUACGUCCGAAAGCAACGGGAGAUCCUCCGACAAUUCAACCAGACAGUCCAGAGUUCUGGAAAUUUGACAGACAAAAGCAGUCAGGAUCAGCUGCUGUUUCUCUUUCCAGAGUUCAGUCAACAGAGCCAGGGGCCUGGGCAGUCCGAUGAUGCCUGCUCUGAGCCCACCAACAAGAAGAUGCGUCGCAACCGGUUCAAAUGGGGGCCCGCGUCCCAGCAAAUCUUGUACCAGGCCUACGACCGGCAAAAGAACCCCAGCAAGGAAGAGAGGGAGGCCUUAGUGGAGGAGUGCAACAGGGCGGAAUGUUUGCAGCGGGGUGUCUCCCCCUCCAAGGCCCACGGCCUGGGCUCCAACCUGGUCACUGAGGUCCGCGUCUACAACUGGUUCGCAAACCGCAGGAAGGAGGAGGCAUUCCGGCAGAAGCUGGCCAUGGACGCCUACAGCUCCAGCCAGACGCACGGCCUGAACCCGCUGCUCUCCCACGGCUCCCCGCCCCACCAGCCCAGCACCUCCCCUCCCAACAAGCUGCCAGGAGUGCGCUACAGCCAGCAGGGAAACAAUGAGGUCACUUCCUCCUCAACAAUCAGUCACCAUGGCAACAGCGCCAUGGUGACUAGCCAGUCUGUUUUACAGCAAGUCUCUCCAGCCAGCCUGGACCCGGGCCACAAUCUCCUCUCACCUGAUGGUAAAAUGCAGAUCUCAGUCUCAGGAGGAGGUUUGCCCCCGGUCAGCACCUUGACGAAUAUCCACAGCCUGUCCCACCACAAUCCCCAGCAAUCUCAAAACCUCAUCAUGACCCCCCUCUCUGGAGUCAUGGCCAUUGCACAAAGCCUCAACUCCUCCCAAGCUCAGAGCGUCCCUGUCAUCAACAGCGUGGCCGGCAGCCUGGCAGCCCUGCAGCCCGUCCAGUUCUCCCAGCAGCUGCACAGCUCUCACCAGCAGCCCCUCAUGCAGCAGAGCCCGGGCAGCCACAUGGCCCAGCAGCCCUUCAUGGCCGCUGUGACGCAGCUGCAGAACUCACACAUGUAUGCACACAAGCAGGAACCCCCCCAGUAUUCCCACACCUCCCGGUUUCCAUCGGCAAUGGUGGUCACAGAUACCAGCAGCAUCAGUACGCUCACCAACAUGUCUUCCAGUAAACAGUGUCCUCUCCAAGCCUGGUGAUGCCCACACAUCACUUACUUUGUGCACAGCAACAAGGACCCUAUUUUCCACACCAUCACCCUCCAGGCAGCUGUCGCGGAAAAGCGCAGUGACCUGACAAGCAGCACCUGCGAGAGGUCCCUGCGCACCUGACGUCCUGCCAGCGCCUCGGACAAUCCGCUCUGAGAGGCGCGGCCCGGAGCCCAGCUUCCCUUCUAUGCAGUAUUGUCACGAUGCCUCUCCCAAGACGUCAAGCUCUCCCGUCCGGUCUGUCCUAAAGGCGGGAGAUGAGAAACCGAGGAAGAGGAAGAGAGAAAGCCGGAGCGUCUACAUUAUGCUCCUUCAUCGAACAAACUGAUGUGAAAACUUGAAUCUGUUACUGAAGUGAGGCGAGGAGGACACGUGCUAUUGAACUGAGCCAAACGCACUGUAAAUAUCAGCAGCUCCCUCCCUCGCCCCCCUCCCGGCUGAUCUGGAAAUUUCUUUUAAAGAAGUAAAUUUGUCCAAUGGGUGUAAACUAUAAACUACUGUAAUUAAGUGCAAUUUCCCCUCUACUUCCUCUCCCCUCUGCCCCGUGUAUAAUACUAAAGUGUCUAUCCGUUUCCUUCGUAAAGGUCAGAGUUGAAUUUUCAAAGUGAUUUGCCCCCUCUGUCUUCCCCCACGGAGAAAUAUCUAAGGUGGAAGUGAAGCCCCUGCCCCCUUCCUCGGGCCCGGGCACACACAGGGACUGUGUAUUUUGGACUGUCUGCUAGCUCACUCCAAUCUCCUGAUGUUAAGACACACCUCUGGAUCCCUGGAAGGGCUGAGCAUAGUGUCAGAGUAACGUCCUCGCUUCUGGUGGGGUUGGGGGAUCAGCCAGUACCUCCCCAGGAAACCCCAAGACAGGGGCACUGGCUGUUUGAUAGCACAAAGAAAAGUUGCCCUUUCCGAAAACCUCCCAU